UCUCAUCCUAACCUAUUCUUGGAAUCAUCGUGUAAUUCUCGGAGUUGCCUGUAAAAUACGUCGACUCCGUCUGCGCAUGCGUUGUCGAUCUGCUCUUCCUGCUCUUUACUUUCUUCUGGUUGGAUGUGUGCAUGCAGCUAACUGAGUGGUGCCUGCGGUGAUCUGCGUGAGCGGCCUUGCCUGAUUGGUUGCAGUACGAUACUGGUGGUGACUUCUGGUGAUAUUGCGUCGAGUGACACUGUUGCGAACUGUUGUGAACCUUGUGCUCUUGUAACUAGCUUAUAGUUACAUAGUUUAUUUCUGAGAUGCUCAUGCAGCGCGAGCGUGUGUGCAUCAAGUGCACCAAAACAAUCGCUGGUCAAUCCGUCUCCUGUACUGUAUGCGCGAGGGAGUUUCAUCCAGGUUGUGUCAAAUCGUACUUAACUAUGAAAGCUGCUGGUGACUGUUGCAAGUCUCAGCUGUCGAGUAUGUCGAUCGUGAGAGAUGAACGCCGUGCGUUCUCUCCUACUGUUUUGAGUGACACCGCGUCUGUUGUUGUCGGUGCCGCGCACUCAGGCGCGCAGGCGCAUUUUAUUACGCGCGAUACUGCAGACGGUGCCGCGCUCGACUCUACAAAUGAGCUUUUGCGUGGGUUGAUUGAGCAGGUGAAGGCGACAGAUGCUAAGAUUUCUGCUUUCAUUGACUGUCAGCAACGUACCAAUGAGGAGCUCAAUGAUAAACUUAAUUGCUUAAAUCGUCUUACUGACACUGUAGCGGAAAAUAGUCAGCGCAUCGCGCAAUUGGAGCUUGACAAUGCCAACCUCGUUCGUGAGAUCCGCGAUCUUAAGUCUGCUCGGUCAACUCACGACGCUCAUUUGAGUAAUGAGCUUAUUAUAUCCGGCUUGCCAUCGACAACAUCCGUUACUCCUGCAAAGCUCUCUGAAAAUGUACUCGCGGCAUUAAAUGUACCUCACUUGGCGUGUCACGUUCUUGGCGUGAGAAUGGUCAGCAGACCGCCAUCUGCUACUCAGGGCCGUUCCAAGGCGACUACAGCGUCGAGCUCGAUGAUUGUCACUCUCGCUUCUAGUACUGUGUGCGACGUCAUAAUUUCGAAAAAGCGUGAAAAGGGUGCUCUUAAACAGCGAGAUAUAUGCGAUGCUGGUUCCGAUCGGCAUGUUUAUGUAAACGUACUGCUCCCGAAGUACACAUAUGACUUGCUACAGCGAGUCAAGCGUAUUGCGGCGGAGAAUUCUUAUAAGUUCGUUUGGGUCAAAAAUGGCCAUAUAUGUGUAAGGUCUUCCGAUGGACAACCUAUUAUCCGCAUUAACUCAGACGCUGAUCUCGCUAAGCUCGUCUGA